AUGAACGGCCCACAGAAUCCUCCAGAGCAGCUCGACUACUAUGAAAUUCUCGGGGUCAAUGAACGCGCAUCAUAUGCCACAAUAGAGAGGUGUCACAAGCGGUUGCAAGCUGCAUACCACCCAGACAGCAGAAGAGUUGGUGCCACACCCAACACUGAGCAGUUCCAGAACGUUGGUAUUGCCUGGGAUACGCUGAAAAGCGAUGGGAAGCGCGCCAAAUACAACAAGAGCUACCCUCGGAUACGAAACCAAUGGGACGUCUACCGAACUAACCUCGCCAAAUGGAACGCUGAUCAACGGGAAAUCGAGCAGCGACAUGCCAGAGCCGCAGCACGACGGAAAAAAGUGGAUGAAGAGAAGAUGGAGAUUGAGAGGGAUAAGCAAAAAGUAUUGGAAGAGAAGGCAAAGGAAGCCACAAGACGUCAGAUGGAGCGCAUGGAGACUGAGAAGGCACUUCUUGCAAAAGAAGCCAAGGCAAAAGAGCAAAUUCGGCAACGAGAGCAGGAAGCAAUACAUGCAAGAGAGCGUCUCCAAGAGGAGAUCAGACAACAAGGACUAAAACAAGCCAAGGAAGAUGCCCGUAUCAAAGCCGACUGGGAAAGAGCACAAAAAGAACGAAACGUCACCAAAGGUAACGAUAAACCUCAACAUCCGCCGGACGAGGACCAGGCACUGAGAGAACGUUGGCGUCUCAAACAAGAACGGACCAAAGAACAGGCUGCAAAAGCCGAACGUGCUAAUGUCUUGGCCGCCGAAGAGCGACUCCGUCAGCAACAAGAUGAGGAACGAUCAUCUGAAGCAGAAGCUCGGCGGAAACAUGAAGAGGCUGAGCGACGCGCGGCCAAGCAACGAGCUGCUGAAGAACGUGAAGCUCUCGUCAUCGCAGCGGCCCAGGAACGUCAAGCGAGAGCUGCUCAAAACCGUCUUGAUCAUGGCUCUAGUUCGCUCAAGCGGUCAGCCCCAGAUGACUAUGAGGAGCCUCAAGCUUUGCACAGCAUGAAGCAACCCAGAAAGGACAAGGAGAUCAGUACCAGCCUCAAGAAGCAUCUAGCGCGAGAACAAGCCAGGCGCAAGCACAGCGAAAAGCUUCGAGAUGUGGGUGGUCCUGGUAACGAAGAGCGCCUCAGAGACGUCAGCAUCGACCUGGGAUGGAAGCACGUCGAGUAUCAGAAUGAGCCGUGUCCACAAUGUUAUACAAAGAGAAGUGCUGCACAGUUCGGCUUAUGGGAGUGCCCAGACGGAGGAGCAUUACGCUGUCGACCAUGUUUGGCGGCAUUUAGUGUGUUUAGUGCGUGA